AUGUUUGUUGAACUGUCGGAGUUUACAAAACAUGCGAUCGAUAUUUCCGCAAUCAUUGAUAAGUUAAUCGAUUUUCAUUUCCAGAUAAUAUUCACACUUCAAAUUGCGAAUGUGAUUACGAAAAGGCAUGUUUCGUCGUCAGAGGAGAGUAUUGAAAACCUGAUUUACUACAAAGACUGCAACCACAAACACAAACAGGAUGCUAAACCAGCAAUACAGCCCCUAUCCAAACCGCAACCACCACCGCCACCGCAAGAGUGCAAAAUGUUCUGUAGUAUGUGCUGCGGUGACGAAUGUGUGCACAAUCAGUAUCCAUCGAUGAUGAACAGGCAGUCACUAACGAUGCCACAAAACAUCAUGUCCAAACCUCAACCAUUGCAACAACCUGUUCCACAACCACCUUUGCACCAAAAGGGUAAAAAGAAGAAAUUGCGAACAAUUCCAGAACUGCAGCCGCCGAUCGGCGGUAGAAGAAAUGUUGAAUUUACAAGGCAGCAUAUCAAAAGUCUAAUAUCCCAAGAUCAAGAUAUUAGGAAAAUCUUGAAGGACCUAGUAAGGGUGACAAUGCAAAAAGUGGAUUUGCUCGAGAUGAUUAAUUCUAGAAGAAGUGUGAAUGAGAUAAAGUCAGAAGAAAACAAAAGUGAAGCAAAUUCUCAAGAGUAG